AAUGGACAUAGCAAACUCAAAAGCUCCUGGUGAAAGAUUAAGUUGGGAAGACAUUCAAAAGAUGAGAUAUUCAUGGAACGUUGCUUGUGAGGUGCUGAGACUUGCCCCACCAUUACAAGGUGCCUUUAGGGAAGCCAUCAAUGAUUUCAUCUUCAAUGGCUUCUCCAUCCCAAAGGGUUGGAAAUUGUAUUGGAGUGCGAAUUCGACUCACAGGAAUCCUGAAUGCUUUCCAGAACCUUUAAAGUUCGACCCGACGAGAUUCGAAGGAAAAGGUCCGGCACCCUACAUGUUUGUUCCGUUCGGCGGCGGUCCUCGGACGUGCCCCGGGAAGGAAUACGCUCGACUUGAGAUACUCGUGUUCAUGCAUAACAUUGUGAGGAGGUUUAAAUGGAAGAAGUUGGUGGGUGAUGAGAAGAUCAUUGUUGAUCCCAUGCCUAUGCCUGCAAAGGGUCUUCCGGUUCUCCUUUUCCCUCACAAAGCUUAAGUUUUAGCUUUUAACUUCAUUAUUC